CGGAGGGGCGGGGCCUGGCGCGGCCGGGCAGAUGUAGCAAUUCCCGGUGGCCGAGUCGGUUUCGGAGCCGGAGGGGGGGAGAUGCCGGCUGCUGAUUGGCUGCGCGCCGCGUUCCAAACCCCGCUGAUUGGGCCCUGAGGAGCCGGACCCAUGCUGGCCAAAGGCGUGAAGCGCCCGCGCAGGGAGAUGGAGGGCGGCGGUCCGGAGCCCCGAGACCCCAGCGCCGCCCCGGCCAGCUCCUUGUUCAACAUCUCCAUGGUGAAGCUGCACCAGAGCCUGCGGCAUGUGGAACCCAAUCUGCGGCACUUGGUGCUGGUGGCCAACACCCUGCGCCGGAUGCAGGACCAGAUGCAGCGGGAGGCUGGAGGGCCGAUGGCCCCGGACAGCCCUGAGGCCCCGUCUGUGGUGGAUUCUCCUGCCCCUGUCUCAGACUCGAGGGACAGUGGCCUGGAGCCCUGCCGGCAGCCACCCUCCGACAGCCAGGGGGAUGAUCUCCUCCUCUCUGCCAUGGACUCCUCCAUCUCCACCAUCCUGGAGGACCUGGGUCAGGUAGAGGUGCUGAGCUCCGCCCGGCCCGAAGAGGAGCAGCCAUUGGCCAGCGCGUCUGGAGCCAGGCAGGAGCCGGCUAGGACCUCAGCCCCUUGCUUGGGCCCCUUGGAGCUGCUCAGCUCGGCCAGCUACCUGCUGGAGGACGGCCUGGAGGACAUCUUUGAGGACAUCGACACCUCCAUGUAUGACUGCGACCUGUGGUCGCCCACCAGCCUCUCCGGCUUCAAGGCUUUCUCCGGUGCGGAGGACUCAGACAGCAAGGUUCUCACUGGCGCCGAAGACCGGCUGGACAUGAGCGACCUGGACUACCUGAUGGACGUGCUCGUGGGGGGACAUGCGCUCUGAGGGGGGGGCAGAGGGAGGGUGACAGUAUUAAAUACCCCUGCUCUAAUUUAUAUGGGGCCCGAUCCCCAGCUGUUAGUGGAGCCAGCUGAUACCUGCUGCAGACCCGGCCCUCUGUGCCUUGGCCUGAAUUCUCAGCCAGGCUCGGGACCCUCUGCCCUGCCCUGGGGUGGCGUUGGCCCCCGAGGAUUCCCAUGCCUAGCGGCCUCCCUGGUCAGUGCGGAGUAGUGUAACGGCCCUGCUCCCAGCCCCUGAUGUGGAGGGUGGAUCGGGGGUGUGGCUGGAGCACACUGUGCUGUGGCUUUUCUCAGCCCCCUGGGGCCCAUAGGGGGAGAAGCAUCAGUUAGAGCAGCCCUGAGGUUGCUCUCACUGACACCAGGGCUCAGAAUACGGGGAGUGCAAAGGGGCCUUAAAGCCACCGUAGCCCCCGGCCCAAGAGCAAGAGCUGAGAAUGGCAACGUGUUCAGUGAGCCCCUCCCCACUGCUCUGCCCCCAUCUCACCCCCAGCCCAGUUAGAGGAGCCAUGGAAAGGGAGGGUAAAAAGCCAUUUCUGGUCCCGGGCCGGGUCCCAGUUUGGACUCUGAACGGUUUGGAAGUAACUUAUUGUCUGAGCGACGGGGAAAGUGUCGGACGCUCCCGAAAGCCAAACUGCUUUGAAAGGAAAAUAAGAACCCUGGCUCUGCACCCUG